AGCGGCUGGGAAAUGGGAGGGAGGUGAGUGAAGACGAACAAUCUGGGAGGGGGAAGAUCAGCACAGAGAGACAGGCAUCGCUGGGAGAGCCACGGGAGGCGGUAAAGCUGGCUGCUUGAACCCUGAGAGAUAAGAACACCAAAGAUAAAUAUCAAGCUACCCAGAACCGGAUCACAGUCCCGAUCACUGGACGCACGGGAAAUAAUGCAGCCAUGAGCUUGUUGAGACUUUAAAGCCCAUGUGCACCUACCUUGUCAGUUGUGACCAAAACCAAAAAACGAGAAGUAGCCCCUGUUCCAGGAGUUAAAAAAAGGCUGAAGGCUACUUUGAUGAGUGAGGCAUUGCCUAAAAGUCACUGAUAGAGAGCAGACAGCCUGUGGAUGUGGAAAGUAAGAAUUAAGGAGCAGGAGCUGAGAGGCAGGAGGCUGAGGAGCUGUCACUAGCCAUGGAUUGCAGUUUACUGAGGAGCCUCAUCAAUAGAUACUGUGCAGGGGAAGAAAACUGGGUAGACAAUCGAACUAUUUAUGUUGGCCACAAAGAGCCUCCUGCUGGCACCGAAGCAUACAUUCCUCAGAGGUAUCCAGAUAACAGGAUAGUCUCCUCAAAGUACACUUUCUGGAACUUUGUUCCGAAGAACUUGUUUGAACAGUUCCGAAGAAUAGCAAAUUUUUAUUUUCUCAUAAUUUUUCUUGUACAGCUUAUUAUUGACACACCAACCAGUCCGAUAACCAGUGGUCUUCCGCUGUUCUUUGUCAUCACUGUGACAGCAAUAAAACAGGGCUAUGAAGACUGGCUCCGGCAUAAAGCAGAUAAUGCUAUGAACCAAUACUCUGUCCAUGUCAUUCAGCAUGGCAAACUGGUCCGGAAACAAAGCAAGAACCUCAGAGUUGGUGACAUAGUAAUGGUGAAAGAAGAUGAGGCUUUUCCAUGUGAUAUAAUACUGUUAUCGUCAAGCAGGGAGGAUGGAACCUGUUUUGUAACGACGGCCAGUUUGGAUGGAGAGUCGAGUCACAAAACAUAUUUUGCUGUUCAAGAUACGAAAUCAUUUCAUCAUGAGCAGGAGAUGGAUGCGUUGCAUGCAACUAUUGAGUGUGAGCAGCCACAACCAGAUCUGUACAAGUUUGUUGGUCGGAUAAAUAUUUAUCGUGGAGGAGAUGACACAGUUGCCAGGCCUCUUGGGUCAGAGAAUCUUCUCCUUCGAGGUGCCACCCUGAAGAACACUGAGAAGAUAUUUGGCGUUGCGAUAUACACCGGCAUGGAAACCAAGAUGGCGUUAAAUUACCAAUCAAAAUCCCAGAAACGAUCUGCUGUUGAAAAAUCAAUGAAUGCAUUCCUUAUUGUGUACCUCUGCAUUCUGAUCAGCAAGGCCUUAAUAAACACUGUGUUGAAGUAUGUGUGGCAGAGUGAAUCUUCUCGAGAUGAGCCCUGGUAUAACCAAAAAACGGACUCCGAAAGACAAAGGAACCUGUUUCUCAGGGCAUUUACAGACUUUCUAGCUUUCAUGGUCCUUUUCAAUUACAUUAUCCCUGUGUCUAUGUAUGUAACUGUGGAAAUGCAGAAAUUCCUGGGUUCCUAUUUCAUCACUUGGGAUGAGGAAAUGUUUGACGAAACUACAGGAGAAGGUCCACUGGUGAACACGUCAGACUUGAAUGAAGAGCUUGGACAGGUGGAAUAUAUAUUCACAGAUAAAACAGGGACUCUGACUGAGAAUAACAUGGAGUUUAUUGAGUGUUGCAUUGAAGGUCACGUGUAUGUUCCACAUGUCAUCUGCAAUGGGCAAAUCCUUCAUGACUGCAUGGGAAUUGACAUGAUUGAUUCUUCCCCUGGACCUGGCGGAAAAGAGAGGGAAGAACUGUUCUUCCGUGCGCUUUGCCUGUGUCACACUGUGCAGGUAAAAGAGGAAGAUCAUAUAGACGGAGAAAAAAAAUCCAGCCAGUCUGGAAAAUCCAGUGUCUACAUUUCCUCCUCACCUGAUGAAGUUGCUCUUGUUGAAGGUAUACAAAGACUUGGGUAUACAUUUUUAAAGCUGAAAGAUAACUAUAUGGAAAUUUGUAACAGAGACAAUGAUAUUGAAAAAUUUGAAUUACUGCAAGUCCUGACUUUUGAUUCUGUCAGGAGGCGGAUGAGCGUUAUAGUGAAAUCAACCACAGGGGAAAUAUUUUUGUUUUGUAAAGGAGCAGACUCAUCCAUAUUCCCCAGGGUCAGGGAAGGAAAAGUGGACCAAAUUCGAGCCAGAGUUGAACGCAAUGCUGUGGAAGGGCUGAGAACGUUAUGUGUUGCUUAUAAAAAGUUUACACAAGAGGAAUUUGAAGCUGUCAACCAACUGCUCCGGAAUGCCCAGCUGGCCCUCCAAGACAGAGAGAAGAAGCUGGCAGAAGCAUACGAACAGAUAGAGCAGGAUCUCAUCUUACUGGGGGCUACGGCGGUGGAAGACAGGCUCCAGGAAAAAGCAGCAGAUACAAUUGAAGCUCUGCAGAAGGCAGGCAUUAAAAUCUGGGUGCUCACCGGAGACAAAAUGGAGACCGCUUCUGCCACCUGUUAUGCCUGUAAACUGUUCAGGAGGAACACGCAGCUGCUGGAGCUCACAACAAAGAAAAUCGAGGAACAGAGUUUACACGAUGUGCUCUUUGAGCUAAGUAAAACAGUCCUGAGGCACAGAGACAGCUUAACGAGGGACAAUUGUUCCGGGUUUUCAACAGAUUUCCAGGAUUACGGUUUAAUUAUUGAUGGAGCCGCACUGUCAUUAAUAAUGAAACCUAGGGAAGACGGACGGUCUACUAACUACAGAGAAGUCUUCCUGGAGAUCUGCAGAAACUGCAGUGCUGUCCUGUGCUGCCGGAUGGCCCCUUUGCAAAAGGCACAGAUUGUAAAGUUAAUUAAAACAUCACGAGAGCAUCCAAUUACACUGGCUGUUGGAGAUGGCGCCAACGAUGUCAGCAUGAUUCUUGAAGCACAUGUUGGCAUAGGAAUCGUUGGAAAAGAAGGAAGACAAGCUGCCAGGAACAGUGACUAUGCAAUCCCCAAAUUUAAACAUUUAAAGAAGUUGCUACUUGUUCAUGGGCAUUUGUAUUAUAUUAGGAUAGCAGAGCUUGUUCAAUACUUCUUUUAUAAGAAUGUUUGCUUCAUUUUUCCUCAGUUUUUAUAUCAAUUUUUCUGUGGAUUUUCACAGCAGCCUUUGUAUGACACUGCAUAUCUUACACUGUACAAUAUCAGCUUUACCUCCCUCCCUAUCCUAUUGUACAGUCUAAUUGAGCAACAUGUCAGUAUGGAUGUGCUCAAGAGAGAUCCUUCUUUGUACAGGGAUAUUGGCAAGAACGCAUUACUGCGCUGGCGUCUGUUCAUAUAUUGGACCUUCCUGGGGCUGUUUGAUGCGGUGGUGUUUUUCUUUGGGGCAUACUUUUUAUUUGACAAUGCCACCGUGAAUAGCAAUGGGCAGAUGUUGGGAAACUGGACUUUUGGGACGCUGGUGUUCACUGUCCUUGUGUUUACAGUUACUCUUAAGCUUGCACUGGAUACACACUACUGGACGUGGAUAAACCACUUUGUUAUCUGGGGAUCACUUCUCUUCUACAUCAUUUUUUCUCUACUAUGGGGAGGAAUCAUCUGGCCUUUUCUCAAUUAUCAGAGAAUGUAUUAUGUGUUUAUGCAAAUGCUAUCGAGCGGUCCUGCAUGGCUGGGUAUUAUUCUCCUAAUUAUUGUCAGCCUUCUUCCCGAUGUGCUAAAGAAAGUUAUAUGCAGGCAGCUGUGGCCCACAACAACAGAGCGGAUCCAGAAUGUUUCCAGCCAGACCCGGGACCAGUUUUCUGAGUUCACACCUCUAGCCUCGCUGCAGAGCCCAAGCUACCAAAGCAAUGAGUUCAGCGCUACUUCCGCCAGCAGGUCUAAUUCUCUUUCCAAAAAAGUGAUGCUUACUCACUGGCAGAGCAAUGAUCAUUUUAAAUUCCCAUCCCUCUUUGGCCAUUCGAACACCUGCUAUAGUCCUAGUACGGGCACUUACCUCGGCAGGCCAGGUUUGGAAACAUCUGUGUGACCACUCACCAUGGAAAGCCUUUAAGAACUAUUGUUUUUAUUAAUAUUGGGGAUGCAGCAAAAUGAAUGUCUAAUAGAACUUAUGCCUGUUGGACCCAUACAGCUUUCAUAUUUAUGGAGAGAGAGUGCUUUUCCCUGAGCUUUUUGUGUAAACUUUUGUUUAUUGAAAGUACUGCAUCAAAGAACAAUCCUCGUAGUCUAACACUGUGUAACUCGUAGCACCAUCAAGUCCUUGUUUUAAGUGUCUACUACUGAACAUGAAAUGAUUAUAAUUUGUGUGUUUAGAUGAAUGAAUUUACACUGGGUGGUCUGCACUGUACAUCUAACUGGAGGUCCUACUCUUUUUCUCUCUUUCUGCGUCCAUCCUGAUAGAACAAGCUGGUGCUGCCUCUUUGCACAUUUAUUUUCAAGAAACACUGUUUAACAAACAUUUCAUUGUAAGUUGCCAAAUUGUUUGGUUGUAUAUGUCUCCCCCCAGUAGAGAUUGAGCCCUAGAUGUAAGUUUAUAGUGUGUAGUUUAAGCUGCCUCCUGAUAGACCAUGCAUACCCUAGUGCUGACACAUUAAUCUGAGUUCAUCUUUUGGAAUACAAAUACACAGUAAAUAUAGAUGUCCUUGCUUCCUUAUGUCACUCAGAUCUGUCAUCCGGUUUCUUUGUUAGUCCAACCCCGUUUCCCUGCUCUCUUUAAACAUUGCACUGUGUUGUACUAUAUGUAUAUAUUGUAUGUUUCAAAAGUUUGGGGUCACUUAGCAAUGUGCGGAGAAAACAUGGACAUUUCUAGUUUCCUAAUGAUCAAUCAGCCUUUUAAACUUAAACAUGGAUCGGAUAACACAACGUACCAUUGAAACACAGGAGUGAUGGGAGUGACAAAUGGCCUCUGUACGCCUAUGAAGAUAUUGCAUUAAAAGUCAGCCUUUUCCAGCUACAAUAAACAUUUACAACAUUAACAGCGUCUGCGCUGUAUUUCUGAUCCAUUUCAUGUUAUUUUUGAAAAACAAGGACAAGUGACCCCUACCUUUUGAAAGGUAGUGUGUGUGUAUGUAUAUAAAUAUGUAUAUAUCAUGCACACACAAACUUGCAAUUGACCAAAGGGUUCCAGAUUCAACAACUGUAUCUUACAAAAUGUUUGAUUGUUUUUACCAUCAUGUAUGUUGUAAACAGAUCAGUUGUCAUCAUACACAUUUGUCAUCUGCUCUCUUAAUUGCAUCAAUAGUGUGUUGGAAUUGCCAUCCUGACAGUUAGUACUUAACUGCAGUAGUUAGCAGACAAUUUUAACAAUUCCACUCACCAACUUCACUAUGCCUUAAGGACCAUCUCUGGAAGGCUGUCAUGCAACUAGGGCUGAGUUGGUCCUGCAUGAUGGAUCGUUAAAUUAGUGAAAUAAAGAUAUCUCCUCAUACUAACUACGCAUUAUACAUGGGUUUUGUGUUUUAUGUAACAUUCCAUGAAUUAAUUUACAUAAAAUGUGGGGAACUGUGAUAGAAAUGAGUUAUAGUGCUGGUACAGGCCAUUAUACAUGAAUGAACAGGCAAUGAAUUAAUAAACAUAGACCAGUCACCCUGCAAUAGAGUAAAAUGCUUAGGAAUAAUUGUGAUGAUUUGUUAAGCGAUUGCUCACUCUGCAUUAUGAACUUGCGUGUGUGUAUAAAUGUUUGUGUUGUGCUAUGUAUGAAAUGUGCUAUUUUUGUAUUUAACUAUAAAGCAUUUCACCUUGUUGCAUUUCUCCUUCA